AUGAUGCAAACCAGAAAGUCGUUCGGAAACCUGCCAAAUGACAAGACUCUUCAACAGAAAAGACGGAGCUUAGAGAUUCCGAAUGUGCAGAAAAUAUAUCCGGAUCUUCAGGAAACGACAAGCUAUGCUACCACAAUACAUACAUCAGAAAAACAAGACGAAGAGGACGUUUAUGAGACUGAGAAUGACUCGAGCUUCGCUAGUUCACAAGCGUCCGAAGAUGCUUCUUACUCGUCAGAAACGAAGGACGUGUGGAAAUAUGCUAUGAUAAUCGGAGUAGUUUCAUUAGCGAUAGUUAUUGGAUUGGUGAUAACUAAUGGAAAACAAGAAAAGACGUCGUACGAAAACUACAUUGAAUCCAUCCGAUCCAUCCUCAACACACAGUUCUCUUCAGUUUCCAAAGAAAACCGAAACCUUCUGCGACAUAUCGGACAACGAUUGUUUCUAGAACCAGAAAAUCAAGCGCCCCUUGUGGUACUUGUUGGAGGAAAAUCGGCGAAAGAAUUCUCUGAAGCUGUGAAUCGCGUUAUUCAAGAAUCUAAGCAUGAAAAGCUUGAUUCAUCAAAAAUUAAAUCGAUUCGAAUCGAAAGCGAAACAAACAGAGCUGAUUUUCAUGAGAAUCUCCGAGAAAUUCUGGGUCCUUCUCUUUCGUCUCAAUCCUCACCUAGAACAGCUGUUGUCCUCGAUGUUGAUCUCCUGAGAUGGGAUGCCGUACUCGUUCUUCAUGCUUUUUCUGACCACGAAAAGUAUCCUGUACCAAAAACUGUUCUGUUUCUCACUGUUUCCGAUGCUAAUGUGUCAGCAGAAACGAACACGAAAACGUGUGAUGAAGAAAUGAAUAAUUUCCUGACGACCCGUUGGAUCGAAAACGGCGGCACUUCGGACAACAUUCCGCCUAUUAUUGCACGAAUUUCUUAUUUUCUUUGUGUUUGA